AUGGUAUCGUUACUUUCAAGAUUAAUCACCAACGCUACAACUUUCCAAUGCGCCAAACUUUUUCGGAGUAUUGAAAAACUUCGAUAUUCUCAAUCUCGUUUUAAUGCUUCAAAAAAAUCUACAGAUUAUAUUACUCGUUUGGCAAUGCCGAUUGAUUAUGAAAACGUACUAAGUCUUAUGUGUGGGACUUAUUUUAGACAUGAAGCAACUAUGAUAAAUAUCGGGAUUAGCGAGGAUCCACCAUUAACUUCUAUGAUAAACCUCACGUUGGAACUAAUGAAACACGGUAUGACGAUAAUUGCAGAGAAUUCAGAUCAUUAUAUAAUCGGUGCUGCCAUAAACAUUUGCUCGUGCCCAUGGGAUCCAAAGAAAAUGAUGGAAUAUGCUAGAAGGAGCGAGGAAAAGGGACCAAUACGGGAUCUGAUAGAGUUCUUCGCUUACGUGUCUAGUAAGCCAGAUGUCUGGAAUCGUUAUUGCGUUCACAAGGUGUUUGAGUGCAGCAAUGUGGCGGUCGAUCCAGAAUAUCGUGGAAUGGGUAUAGCCAAGAAGCUCAUGGAAGAGAGUUGGUAUCUCGCACGAGACUGUAGUUAUCGGUUGUUCCGUAUAGACUGUAGCAGCAGACACACAGCUAGAAUCGCACAAGGUUUCGGAUGGAAUAAAAUCUGCACGAUACCUUAUUGUCGAUACGUCAAGAACGGCGAAAUGGUAUUCCAACAUAUACAAGAACCUCAUACGGAGAUCGAGGUUUAUGUCGAUCGUGUCAAUUUUCUUGAAGCAUACCAUUUGCCAUAUAAAAGCUAUAAGUCAAAGUAAUAGCAAAGGAUAGAGAAUGAAAAGAGAUAAUUUGUAUUGGAGAAUAAUA